AUGGGAACUCGUGUGCAGAAGUCUCUCAGUUCGUCGACGCCUCAGAGAAGUGGUAAUGUUGGUGAAUUUGAUUUUAAGGUACCGCAGGAAGCACCAGUCUUCUACCCAUCAGUCGAAGAAUUUGGGGAUCCACUAGCGUAUAUCAACAAGAUUCGACCAGUGGCAGAGAAGACAGGUAUUUGUAAAAUAAAACCACCACCCGAUUGGCAGCCUCCGUUCACUGUCAAUGUCGACAAGUUUAAAUUCACACCUAGGAUACAACGUUUAAAUGAGCUCGAAGCAAAAACGAGAAUAAAAUUGAAUUAUUUAGAUCAAAUUGCAAAAUUUUGGGAGCUACAAGGCUCAUCGUUGAAGAUCCCGCAAAUAGAGAAAAAAGUAUUGGACAUAUAUUCCUUGCAUACCAUGGUUAAGGCAGAAGGUGGUGCCGAUGCUGUAACUGCAGGUAAAAAAUGGGAUAAACUGGCUGUUAGAAUGGGAUGGCCAGCAAAUCGUGGUUUGGGAGCUGUCCUGAAACAUCAUUAUGAGAGGAUACUAUACCCAUUUGACGUAUUUCAGCAGGGUAAAGUAAUGUCAGAAAUUAAGAAGCGACCAGAAAUUGAUGACAGUGAUCGUGAAUAUAAACAGCAUGGAAUUCCUUCGCGUCAGGCGAUCAAGCCACCACAGAGGAAAUAUGGACGUCGUGCAAGAUACGGUGAUUUGGGAGAUGUAGUUGUGAAAGAAGAAAACACCGGAGAGCCAUCAACAAAAAGUAAAGAACUUCGGCGACUACAGAUAUUUGGUGCUGGCCCGAAAAUGCCAGGAUACGAAAAUAAAGGAAAGGGUAAACAUAAAAUGAGAGGAAAGAAACAGAAAUUUGACGUUGAUCCAUUGGCCAAAUAUGUUUGUCAGAACUGCAACAGGGGAGAUGUAGAAGAAUCCAUGUUACUAUGUGAUGGUUGUGAUGAUAGCUAUCACACUUUUUGUCUUAUGCCACCACUAGCAGAAAUUCCACGAGGUGACUGGCGAUGCCCACGUUGCGUUGCUGUUGAAGUUAACAAACCAGUUGAAGCAUUUGGUUUUGAACAAGCACAGAGGGAAUACACACUACAGCAAUUUGGAGAAAUGGCUGAUCAGUUUAAAUCAGAUUAUUUCAAUAUGCCCGUUCAUAUGGUUCCAUCAUCACUUGUAGAACGAGAAUUUUGGAGAGUUGUAUCCUCUAUUGAUGAAGAUGUUAUAGUUGAAUAUGGAGCCGAUCUACAUACAAUGGAUCAUGGUUCUGGCUUUCCCACCAAAGCAACAGAUAUGGAUAAUAAAGAUGAAAAGUACACUAACUCUGGAUGGAACCUUAAUAAUAUUGCUGUUCUUGAGGGUUCAGUUCUUGGUCAUAUCAAUGCUGACAUUUCUGGUAUGAAAGUGCCGUGGAUGUAUGUGGGUAUGUGUUUUGCAACAUUUUGUUGGCACAAUGAAGAUCAUUGGAGUUAUUCCAUUAAUUACCUUCAUUGGGGAGAAUCAAAAACAUGGUACGGUGUACCAGGUUCUAAAGCUGAAAUGUUUGAAGAUGUAAUGAAGCAAGCAGCACCAGAACUGUUCCAGUCCCAGCCGGAUUUGUUACAUCAGCUAGUAACCAUAAUGAAUCCAAAUAUUCUGAUGGAUGCAGGUGUUCCUAUAUACAGAACAGACCAAAAGGCUGGUGAAUUUGUAGUAACUUUCCCGAGAGCCUACCAUGCUGGAUUCAAUCAAGGAUACAAUUUUGCUGAAGCAGUUAAUUUUGCUCCUGCUGACUGGAUACAGAUGGGGAGAGAAUGUAUUUUACAUUACUCAACUCUCCGCCGGUUUUGUGUUUUUUCACAUGAUGAACUUGUGUGCAAAAUGUCUUUGAAUCCUGAAGCUUUAGAUCUUAGAGUUGCUGCAGCCACAUAUAAAGAUAUGCUGAAAAUGGUGGAAAUAGAAAAGAAGCACAGGAAAGAACUUCUUGACUGGGGCUGUACACUGGCUCAGCAGGAGCCUUUCGAACUAAUACCAGACGAUGAGCGACAGUGUGAAGUGUGCAAAACAACAUGCUUUUUGUCAGCGGUGACUUGUAGCUGCAACAAAGAUAUCUUAGUCUGCCUGAGACAUUUCAAGCAGCUUUGUGAGUGUCCUCCAAACAAGCACACAUUACGUUACAGAUAUACAUUAGAUGAACUGCCAAAUAUGCUAUACAGACUGAAACUGAGGGCUGAAUCAUUUGAUAUUUGGGCAGAAUCAGUAAAAAAUGCUAUGGAUCCCAAGGCUUCAAAUAAAACAGACCUUGAGCAGUUUAAAAGAUUGUUGGAAGAGGCUAAACAGAAAAGAUUUCCAGAGUCUGAAUUACUUACCAUGCUAUCAGAAAUUGUACAAGAAGGUGAAAAAUGUGCUAAGAUUGCCCAACAAAUUUGUUGUAAAACACAGAAGCCAAAGACGCGACAAGACAAUAAACCAAAGCUUCAGCUGACACUGCAAGAACUAAAGCUCUUCAAUGAUCAGAUUGAAGAUCUGCCAUGUGCAAUCAAAGAAGCUCCUGCUGUGAAACAGUUGCUAGAGAGAGUCCAAGAGUUUAAAAAGACUGCUGCAGAUCUACUCAGCAAGAACCUAGUGCCUUCAAAGGACUUGAUUGAGUGCUUAGAAGCAGGAAAUGAACUUGAUUUUGAUCUGCCUGAGAUGCCUAAGCUUCGCCAAUACAUAGAUAUGGUUAAAUGGAUGGAAGAUAUAGCAGCAAAAUGUGCAAAUCAUCAUUUGUUAACAAAGGAGAAAAUAAAGAAAUUACUGUCAGAUGGAACACAGUUGGUUCCACAUGAAGAUGUUGAGACAAAAUUAGCUGAACUGAGAUCCUUGCUUACCCAAGUUGAAAGAUGGGAAGAAAGGGCCAAGCAGUGCCUGCAAGAAAACAAGAUGUUUUCUGUUAUGGGCCUGAAGAGAUUCAUUGAAGAAGGUGAGGGCAUCAAGGCUUCACUGAACAAUUUUGAUGCAAUUUCAGAGAUAUUUAAGAAAGCAAAAGUUUGGCUUGCUAGAGUGAGAGAAGCUCAGCAGUCAAAAUACAGACCUUAUAUUGACUUAGUGGAAGCAUUUGUAAUUUGUGGAAAAUCUAUUCCAGUUCAUCUUGAAGCUCUACCUUACCUUGAAACACAGUUCAGUGAAGGAAAACUUUGGCGAGAGAAAUUGGAACACGCAUUUUUGAAGAAAAAUUCUCCAUAUUCUGUAAUGGAAGUUAUUUCCCCUAGGUUGAACUUGGGUGACACACCCAAAAAACAAAGGAGAAUCCAGCAUACUGCAGAAGUAGAUAUAGAUUCCAGGGAGCCCUAUGUUAUCCUCAAUUUGAAACUAGAAGGUGAUGUAGACCCAUCACUUGUAGUGUCAGAAUUUAAAAAAGCAGAAAAAAUUGAGCUGGAGCAAAUGCAUGAAAUUCGAACUCGAAACACCUCUAAAAUUGAAAACAAUACAUUUGACACCUACUGCAUUUGUGAUGCAGAAAAUGAUGGUGAGGUGCUUUAUCAGUGUGGAUUGUGUAGAGACCUUUUUCAUGAAGAAUGUGUCCCAUGCAUAAAGCCAUUUCUGAAAUAUAAAACGAUGUAUACAUCACAGGAUUCAUCAUUUGUGCUGCAAGGGAAAUUUUUGUGCCCAGAUUGCUGUAGGUCAAAAAGGCCACGUCUCGAGACUCUGCUCACGCUGUUAGUUCAACUGCAGAAAAUAAACAUUAGGAUUCCGGAAGCAGAAGCACUGCAGUGUUUCACAGAACGCAUUAUGGGGUGGCAAGUGAAAGUUAGAAAGGCACUCAAUACUGGCGAAUUUGCAAUGGCACUCUCACAGAUAUCACAGCUGUCAAAAAAAAUAGGUGAAGCAGUUGCAAGAGAGAAAACUGAAAAGAUAAUUUCCGAUGAACUGGAAAAAUGUUCACAGCUGGGCAAUGUACGUCCAUCCUCAGCUGCCAUCUGUCAGUCUGAAGAGUUACCAUCACAGAACGUAAAACUUGUUCAUAAACUUUCAUCUCCUGAUCGGGAAAAAUCUGAACAGUAUACUGAAGACAUUUCUGAUACAGUGUUAGGUGAUGAGCAACUAGAGCCAGCUCCAAAACGGUUAAAGUCACUUAAAAAAUCAUCAAAACCCUUUAUUGUACUUAGUAAAAAAGCCCAGAAAAUGUUGGAAGACCUAAUGAUGGAAGGAGAUCUGAUGGAAGUUACUCUGGACGAAGCUCUGAAACUGGGGAAAAUAUAUCAGGCAACAAUUCUAAGCAAAGACCAGAUAGAAGAAGUUGCACUAGAAAGAUGCAAAAUGAGUGGCAAAAAGUCUUAUUCAUACAGCUUAAUAAAUGCAUAUACAUCUAUCAGAAGGCAAAAAUCUGAGACAAAGAAUGAACCAGAGCAAGCAGAAUCAAAAAAGAAAGUCAAAGGUCCUUCGAAGAGGAAGAGCACAUGCAAAGGGCAACAGAAGAAACGAAGUCAAGGUGUGUCCAGUACAUCAAAAACUGAAGAAGAUAGUGAUACUCAGAAUGACGAGGAUGAGGACUGUGCAGCAGUGAACUGCUUGAAACCUGUGGGCCAGUCUGUGGACUGGGUGCAGUGUGAUGGAGGAUGCGAGAAGUGGUUUCAUUUGUACUGUGUCGGUCUGGAUAAGCAAGAUGUUAAUCCUCAUGAGGAUUACAUAUGUGUUAACUGCACAAAUAGGAGAAACUGUGGAGGCAUUGAUAGUGCACAUCAUUUUACAAGUGACAUUGUUUUGGAUGUAGAUGAAGAGGAAAUAGAAGUUGAGGAAGUGAUUGAAGAUUCAUUGACCAGAGAAGGGAGACUUGCAAUGGAUGUUGAGGAAAUCCGAUCAGCACAAAUGGACAGUGAUAUCAGCAUAUUGUGAGAAAGUGAUUGCUAACCAACUGGAUUCAAGUUUUGAAUCAAUUGAAAAAGGGUUAGGUUUUAUGCAGCCGAGCAGACUUGGGAAUACUUUCUUUCCCCACAGUAUCUUGGCAUACAAAUUGUAAUUUGUUUUCUUUUUGGUGUAUAUUUCAUUUUAUGGUGGAAAGAACUAGGACAUUUUCAAAGUGCCUUAGGGUGAAAAUUCACAAUUUGGCAUAUUUUUUUUUAGUUUCUUGGACUGUUGUCAAUCUUUCUUCUUUUUUACAUAUCGUAUCAGUAUUCCACCAUUAGUUAGUUAUUUGAUUUAUACUAGUACAUAUUUUUGUGUUAGUUGUAUUGGCCUCUGUAAUAUUUAUUAGUGCUGAAAAAUCUUGAUGUGCAUAAUCCAUUUCCUGUAAGAUACCAGUGUUACUGUUAGAGAGAGAAUGAGAGAGAGAGAGAGAGAGAGAGAGAGAGAGAGAGAGAGAGAGAGAGAGAAUAUUAAAUAGGAUGUACCUGAGUUUGCAGAACUUUGCAAGUGAAAGAUAAAGUGCAGACAUUUUUGCAUGUUUAAAUCCUAGUUUUAACUUACGUGUGGAGGGUAGCAAAUAAUUUCUUCUGCGUACAAAUGCAUGUGGAUGCCUCUGCUUUACAUCUCAGAAAAUGAUAGUAAUUAUCUAUGAUGACGAGUUUUUCAAACACAUGACUUUAUCAAAUGGCAAGUGAGAAUGGCUAUGUGCUUCAUAUUUUGAGAUGAAAUUUCUCAAGUUUGGUAUGCAACGGAAGACAGUGUAUUUGUACUGAGAUGUUACCUUGUUUCACUUUCCCCUCAUCCUUCCUUUAUUUUUCUCCUAGUCAUGCUGCUCUUUCAAAAUAUAGCAUGUGGAAGAAAACAGGAACUAAUAUGUGCUGUGCAGUGUUUCCCCCUUGAGAUUUUGAUCCUCCACAAUUUUGUGUUCUGUUCAAAAUGUGAAAUGCUUUUGAUAAGCAAUGUGCAGCAUAAAUAAUUUUAUGUAAUUUUUAGUUGAUGCUCAAUUGACACAUUGUCAAAAGUUGACAAUGAAUGACAGUUUAGACAGAAAACAGAAGCAGGAGUUUGACAUCCAGCAACCAUGUGGUGCUUUUCAGGGCACAUAGCUAUUUUUACUGUGUCAAAGAGAUCCUAGUAACUUUCUCUGCGUGUUAGUUGACAAAUUAUGAUUGCCUAUUCAUGUAUAAAAUUCUGGUAGUAGUGCAUUUUAACUUGACCAUUAAUGAGGAGUUACAUAAAAAGCUACUUUACAGCAUCACAGUGCAGGUUCGACGUAUUGCUGUUUUGUUUUAUUUGUGUUAUGUUUAGCAGAAAUUUUUGUGUGUGCAGAGCCUUUUGGUUACCAUUUAUUGCUCUUUGCAACUAGUUGUUAAUUAUUUAGUGUAAUUGACUGCAAUUUUUGUAAUCUUUCUUGAUAGUCCAACAAUGGUAUGAAACUUAUUGUUCAUUUCUUCAGAAACUACAAAUUUCUUGUAUUGUGUUUUCCAUCACCACUUGUGUUUUGAAACAUUGUUAUCCUAUUAAUGAGGUUGUUACAUUAUUGCAUUAGUUGGAAAUGCAACUGAAAAGAAAAUUUUCCUCUGUUGUAUGUAACUUCUUCAUAUUACACUACAUAGCAAGGUGGAUCAUCCGACCAUUGAAGAAUUUAACAUCCAGUCAUGCUACUAAUGGUAAUGCAAGGAUGCUUUUCAUAUACACGUUAUAUAGCCAUCUCCUGUCACACUAUUUUACUCUCGUAUUUUAUUUACAAGUUUUUAUAAAAGAAACUUAAGUUACUGGAGUUCAGGUAACUUUCUUCUUUCCUUUUGGUUCUUUGUUCACAUCAGUAUAUAUUUGUCAUAAAUCAUUUUUAAUGUCUUCCACCUCUAUGUACAAACAUCUUAUGCUGUAGUUGGGUCUACCAUAAUAUGCACUGCACUUCAUCUUUUGACAAUAGUCUCUUAAUUGGCUGCAAUUGCAGUGCUGUGUUCUGUUUGUUUCCACCCUUCUGGAAACGUCUUCCAUAAUAAACAGCAUUGUCAAGUGACAGAAAGUAAUUCCUUGUUUAUUAAUUUUAUAUUUUAAAUUUUGUAGUUGCUGGAUGUGAUAUUUCCAGUACCAAUGCAGUUUUUGAUUUCUGCCUUGAUUCUAAAUUUGAAGCCUGAAAUCGUCCUGUGCAUGCAUACAACCAUGGAUCAAUUAUUAAUGGUUUCUGAAGGCCAUUCCUAACACUACUAAAGUAGCAAGCAUUUCAUUGGGGUUUGGUGUCACACUUAAUGCCACAGCUCUCCCUCCAGUUGAGCAGCAACACUUGUAUGUGAGAUGUCAGUUGCAUUGCUAAAUUUAUGUUUGAAUGGUAUGCAAACAUUUAUUUUCUUGGAGUGGCAGUAAUUUUAAAAUAGUUUACCAUUAUUUUUUUGUCUGCAAGUACUCUGGUCUAUACAUGGUGAUUUUUCCAGUAUAUUGAUUUAUCUGUGAAUUGUUAAUUGUUUUAUUGAUUAUUUAAUACUUGCUUAUAUUGUGUACUUGUUCGCAUACAGUGUUUAGAAAGCAAGUGGAUAAUAUAUGUUCUACCUAUUUUGCCCCCGUCACUCCCAGCUUUUGUAACUCCCACAGCAUUUUAAACUUGCUACAAUCUUCAUUACUUUUAAGAAUUGUACCUUGUAACAAUGUUCAUGGUUUUAAUUUAAUAUCUGCUAUUCUGCAAAACUGUCAGAAAUGGUUAUCCACUUCAUAUUUGCCUGUGAGAGGAAAUCAUUUGUUAACACCUCUAAAACCCUGAUGUGUAAGAUUAUUCAUAAAAUCAGUGUUUCCUAAGAACUGUGAUCUCAUUUUAGAUGUUUAAGAUUCAUCAAUAUAUAAAUACUUGUAUUCAUUUUCAUUCAGAGUUUUUAUUUCUUCUAGAGCAAUAUUUGUAUUAUUUUUUAAUGUGUAUAGUUUCUGUAACUUGUGGAUUGUCAUUAAAUACAUUAAGAAUUUAUGUGCUUGUCACUCAUAAGAUUGUGUGUGCACUAAUGCUAUUGACUUAUUUCAAUACUUAUACUUCAUAAAAAUGUAGGCAAAACUCUGGGACAGAGAGCAGACUAGUUAUCAGAAAAUAUAGUUACUGAAUAUCAGUAUAUGUAAAUAAUAUUUUCUCUUAUUUAUGUAACAAUUUGGGAAACUAUUGUGUGUUACACUUGUCAAUUUUUGUCUUGUGAAGGGCAUGUUUAUUUGCUAACACAUAAUGGAGCCAUUGCAAUUUCAUAUUGUACCCAGCAGUAUUACAAGUGUCAUGAAAAGGUGUCAAACACUGCUGACGGGAACAUUCUCCAUGUGUGCGUGUGUACAGAGUCACUUGUAACCAGCUGCUGUACUGUUAAAUCUAUGGUCUUCCUGUGGUAAACAUGUUCUUUUGUAGACAUUCAGCUGCAGAUUUGCGAAGAUGUAUUUGUUUUCUAUUCCAGAAUAGUGACGUGGAGAAAGGAAAGACAGUUCUCGUAAUAAAAUUUGUGUUCAUGGACGCUCAUAUCUCUGGGAAGUUGUAUUUCUCUUGAGUUAAGCACAGACACAACUGCAACUUGUAUUAUGCAUGCAAAACACAUGUCAGUAACAUGAGGAUGAUGCUGGUGAAUAAUUAGUGUAGUUCCCUUGUAUGAAAACUUUAUUGCUUUGUAAUUAUAUUUGUCAUCUUACUUUUCCACCAAAAUGAAAUAAAAUAUUGAGAAUA